AUGGCUGACGCUCCAAACCCCCUCGGUCCACAGCCGGACUUCAAUGUCCUUAGCCAGCAUUUGAUUGCUGCCGCUAACGAAAUCAACAAAGCCCAAAACCUACCUGCAAUCACCGGCGGAGAAAGAAUCCUAGUCGAACUCCAGCAAAUGAGACAGGAAUUCAGACUCGAACUCCAGCAAAUGAGACAGGAAUUCAGACAAGAAAAUCGGCAAAUGAGACAGGAAUUGAGACAGGAAUUGAGACAGGAAAUCGGACAAGUCAGACAAGAAAUGAGAGAGAGCACUAUAGCUAUUCGUCAAGACUUCGCUACUAUAAUGACCGCAAGCAAUCACAAUAAUGCAGCUCGAGUUCAGAAUGCCUAUCUUACGGAUCCAGCCAACCCUCUUUUGCCAUUCGUCAACCCCUUGACCGGUGCUAUUAUUGAUGGAUUCCCUACUGUGCCUAAAGAUAUUGUGCGAAUGAAUGAGCAAGAGCUAGAUCGUGUCUCACAACAACUUGGUAUACAAGCUCCUGUUGUUACUAUGAGUCAGGCAGCGAAGAGAAGACAGCUGAGGGUCCACAUCGGCUUGAAAGCAGAAAAUGCAUAA